AUGUCGUUGAUCCCAUACCAGCCUCAGGAGGGCCGCGAGGUUGUACUGCGACAUCGCAAUGCCGUUGUAGUGCGCGACACCAGCUCCCAGCGGCUGGAGAUCCGUGGCCAUCCCGAAUGCCCGACAUGCCAUCGCCCGCUGGGGUCGCCGUCGGAGCGCCCCUUCGACCACCAGUUUGACGUCGAUCCCAACCCGUACGUCGACCCGGAAUACUUUCGCAUGCUUCGUGCCGGAAGCGUCGAGUCGAACCCGGCCGACCAGACUCCCUCGAGCCUCAUCCGUCGCCUGUUCAGGCCUCCGUCGAGUGCCCGCGGCUCGUCAGUCCGCACGUCGCCGUCUGUAGACGACGAGGCCGAGUUCGUCUCCAGCGCGCCGGGCGUGCCACAGUCCGAAGGAAGCAGGAUCAAGAGGGAGGCCUUUAGUCCAAACUACUUCAAAACAUUCUUCGUGGAGGAAAAGGUCCUGGGCAAGGGAGGCAAGGGAGUGGUGCUGCUGGUGCGCCACGAGAUUGACGGUUGCCAGCUGGGCCACUUUGCCUGCAAGCGGGUCCCCGUGGGUGAUGACCAUGCGUGGCUCGAAAAGGUGCUGAUCGAAGUCGAGCUCCUCGCUAAGCUCUCUCAUGCCAACCUCGUUUCCUAUCGGCAUGUCUGGCUGGAGGAUGUCAAGUUGACCAUGUUUGGGCCCAGCGUGGCCUGCGCCUUCAUUCUCCAACAGUACUGCAACGGAGGCGACCUUCACCAGUAUGUGAUUGGCAGUGGGCCAAAGGAAGUUACCAAGGAAGAGCUCAAGGAGCGCAUUCGCCGGCGCUCGCGAGGCCAAAUCGAUGCGACUCGGGACAGCCUGUCAGACAGGGCAAGGCUUCCUGUCGAAGAGAUCUACUCCCUGUUCAAGGAUAUCACCUCCGGCGUGGCAUAUCUACAUUCGGCAAACUACAUCCAUCGAGACCUCAAACCGAGCAACUGCCUGUUGCACCGAGAAGGCGGCAAGCUGCGCUGCCUCAUCAGCGACUUUGGCGAAGUCCAGCCAGAGCAUGUGGUGAGGAAAUCGACCGGCACGACGGGCACCAUCUCGUAUUGCGCGCCCGAGGUCCUCCGCCUGGACGAGACGGGCCACUAUGGCAACUUCACCACAAAGUCCGACAUCUUUUCCCUUGGAAUGAUUCUCUACUUUAUGUGCUUCGGCAGACUCCCCUAUGAGUCUGCCAACGCCGUUCAGGAGGAGCUGGAAGACGUAGACCAGCUGAGAGCCGAGAUCGCCGACUGGACGGGCUUUCAAGAUGAGCGGCGCGAGCGGCCGGAUCUGCCUUCGAAGCUCUACAUGUUACUCAAGAAGCUGCUUGCUCUCGACCCCGCCGAGCGACCCAGCGCCAACGAAGUCCUCAACGCGAUGAAAAGCGAAGCCUACUUUGACGGAAUGACCAAAGACCGGAGCGCGAGCCCUGCCGUUGGGCUGCGAGGAAGCAGAGUCCAGAACCUGGAUUCCCCAGCCGGGCCCAGCACGCCCACACCAGAUCCUAGACGAGGCUAUCACUCGCGCAGCCUGAGCGUGCCUCAGAGUGAUGGCCCCUGGCCAGCUUCGGACCCCCGGGAUGAGGGCCUCAUGCAGGACGCCUCUGGCCUCGUCCAUGCCGACCCGGAGCCCUCCAACGCCAUUGUCAAAAGCCGUAGCCAUGACCCGCACGUCCUUGAGCCAGUUGACCAGAGAAACUCUACCCUACAAGCCAACGGCCACGCGCAUUCAGAGGGACCCCUCCUCCUCGCACCGCCCCCGCAGCAGUUCUCCACGAUACCGCACGGAGCAGGCCUCCUGCUGAUGCGCUUCUGCGCCAUCACAGGCGUCACCCCAGACACGGUCAAGUACCUCGGCCGUCUGGGCUUGUUCCUCGUCAAGCUCGCCACCCUGGUCCGGCCGUGCUGGCCGUACAUGACCACGCUCGAGGUCGGCGGGCCCCUGGUGCUGCUCGCCGUGCUGGACCUGGGACUGCCGACGACGACGACAAGU